GCAACGAGCCCGCCCGCUCACCCCGGCAACGAGCCCGCCCGCCCGCUCACCCCGGCCAUGCAUCGCCCAGAGGACAGGCCCCGGGCCCCGUCACCACCCGCCGCCGCCUCCCCGGACCCCCCGCUCGCCGCCCGCUACUUCUGCACGGCCAGCCGCGGCCUGGAGCGCUUCCUGGCCCGGGAGGUGCGCGCCAGGCUGCCCGCCCGCCAGGUGGAGCAGAUAUCAGGCAAGGUGUUCUUCACAGCUGACGCAGAUUUAAAAAGGAUAAAGAGUCUGAAAUGUGCCGAGCGACUGUUUUUGCUGGUGGAAAAGCUCCCGCCGUUCCAGCUGCCAAGACAUAGAGGUAAAGGAAUUCAUGCCAUCUCAAAGUAUGUGAUCGGGGAGCCUCAGAAAUGGCUGGAUGUUGUUUCCAAAUGGAAGUCCCUUUGGAAUCUUGACAAAGUACAGGAAUGUAGUAUGGAGGUUGAAGAAACUGGGAUUAAACGGUCAACACAGCAGGAGAGUGGCCAAAGCAAAAGGCCAAAGCUAGAGGUGGAUAACCCUCAUGCAGCUCAAACAGGACACAGUCAUUCACUUCAUCAAGGAUGUAGUCAGGACAAUGCGCUGAUGGAGGAACCACCUUCACCUGCAAAGCUACCUAAUCCCAGGAGUGAAGGGGCUGCAUCCUGUAUGCCUUUCAGAGUAUCUUGUCGCUGUAGUGGGAAGAUUGCUAAACAGUUUACUUCACAGGAGCUAGGAAGAGCAAUUGGGAUUGCACUCGGCAGACAAAUGGGUUGGAAAGCUGAACUGAGGAACCCCAUGCUGGAGGUCUACGUUCAUUUAAAUGACGUUCAUUGUGUGGUUGGAAUUCCUAUUCUAAGACUUCCGUUGGCCAGCAGGGAUUACAUUAAAAAUCCAGGGCUGAGAUCUACUGUGGCUUGGGCCAUGGCAUAUCUCGGUGAUAUCCAGGCUGGAUCAAUCGUGCUGGAUCCAAUGUGUGGAUUAGGCACCAUCUUACUGGAAGCUGCCAAAGAUUGGCCCAACGCCUAUUAUCACGGAAUUGACAACACGGUCUCGCAGUUGCAGAUGGCAUCUGUUAACGUGUGCUUUGCCAAGCUGGAGAGCAAUAUUGACUUAACAAGAGCUUCUGUCACAGAAUUACCUCUACUUGAUGAAAGCAUUGACGUAGUCAUCUGCGAUAUUCCAUUUGGGAAGAAGUUCAAGAUUACUCAGGACACAAAAGCAAUGAUGCCCUAUAUCCUCAAAGAAAUGGUGAGAGUGCUGCGGGCUGAAGGGACCCUGGUGCUCCUGCUCAGCCAAGAGCUGUCUGUGGAUAUACAGCAGUGGCAGAGAUCACGGGGCCAGCAGAGCGAAGAAGGACAGCCUGCAGUCCAGGAGGAGCAGAGUUCAGCACCACUGGAAACUGCUGGCGUGAAGGAGUCGGCUGCUGCUGAAAAUGAGCUGUCUCAGGUGAAAGCAGAAGCCUGGGCCUCUCUGAUACCCGAGGGGAUCUUCCCCGUUAGUCUGGGAGUAACAGAAGCCUCUAUACACAAGUACAAGAAAGUCCCCCACAAUGUGAGUGAGAACGUUGACAGAGAUCUCGGGCAGCACUCAGAGCCGCCUUCAGACUGAAAUUAAACAGUUGCCGACCCGAAACAUCACCUCUCCAUCCACGCCACAGGUCAUAGAGUGAUACAGUGUGGAAACAGGCCCUUCGUGCUGC